GGUUAUCGCUAAGUUUAAAUUAAAUAAAUUUGUAUUGAUUAAGAAUAGAUUAUAAACAAACUCUAAUUCCGUGUGAAGUAAGAGAGAUGACAAUACUGAAUACCUGUCUUUUAAUAUGUUUUUAAGGAAAGGAAAAAUGAAGGUGAGAAAAAGAAGUUUUGAAAAUUAAUGAGGUGACAAGUAUAAAAAUGUCAUCAAAUAUUAUUCCAAUGCUUCCAUCCACACCACCACCAUUAGAUACAUCAAUAGAAAGUGAUGAUGAUGAAUUUGGAAAUUUUACAGCAGCUUUAGGGGAAUUUAGUGAUAAUUUAAAUGGUGUUCAGCAAAGUGAUCAAUUAGACAAGGAGAGUAAAAAUGAGAAAAUCAGUUCUGAUUAUUUUGUGCAAUCACAAAAUGAUGUUAAUAUUCAAAAGACAGAAAUUCAUAUAAAUCAUUUUUCAAAUUUCUCUAAAGUUGCUGUUGAAAAUGAAGAAGAAGAAAUUAUUCCAGAAAUUGAAGGAACUCUACCAGGAAAAACUAUUUCAUUACAAAAUGGAAAAUGUGAAAGAAUUUCUGCAGAAAUAUCACUUAAUAUUCAAUCAAGUAAGAUUGAUAAAUAUAACUGUAAAGAAUAUAUUCCAAUUAGUGACUCAAAAUCUUUAAGCAAUUCACCUGCCACAAUUCAGGAAAGUACCUAUUAUUCAAAACAAGUUGAAAGUAGAAGUGAAAUAGAAAAUUUAACUGAUGAGGAAACAGUACCUGUAGUAGUGACUUCACUUGAAAGACUUUCUCCAGAUUUUGAAAUAAACACCGAAGAAUUGGCUACAACUGUAGAAUGUAAAACUGAAAAUUUUCUGGAUUCUGAAAAUAUCAAAAAAAGUGAAAUUGAAAGUUCUUUAGGGAAAUCAGAAUUUGUGAUAAAAGAUUUUAAUGAUGAAAAUGAAAUAUUAAAAAACAGGGUAGAACAAUCACAAUCACAGAAUUUAUCUGAUUUAUCUAAAGAGCAAAACACACUUUCAUUGCCUAUUGUUCCUAAGAGCUCUGAAGAAAAAUCAUUCCAACAAAAAUGUGAUAAAGAAAACUUUGAAAUUAGUCCAAUUUCUAUUAGUGAAAAAUUUGUUUCAGCAUCAGAUGCCAGUAGUGAAGUAUCCAAUUUCGAAACUGCUAAGUCAUCUCCUACAACUUCGAGUAUUUGUGAUAAACAUCAAACAAUCGAAAAUAGUGAAAAUCAUAAAAUUGAUAAUUCAUUUGAUCAAGAAGUAAAUAGAGAUUUGAUUGACGAAAAGUUUUAUGACUAUGAAUCGUCACCGAUAAAUAAAGGUGAUGUUCUAUUACAAGAAAAUUCUGAAUGUAUAGAUGAUGAUUUUGCCAACUUUCAGCAAGCAGAAGAAGAAAGUCAAAUCUCAUCACACGAGAGAGAAAUUGAACCACUUGAAUUAAAUCCUCCUGAUUCGACAGAAGAUAGUUGUCCUAUUAGUGAUCCUAUUGGUGAUUCAGAUGAUUUUGCAGAUUUUACACAAGCAACUGCAGAAGAAAAUGAUUUUGCUGAUUUUGAAGGUGCUUCCUGGUCACAAUGUCAAGAUGACUUUGCAGAUUUUGAACAUGCAUCAUUUGUGAAAGACAAUACAGUAAAGGAAGAAAUUUGUGAAUCAGAAAAUUUUGAGGCUGAUUCUUCUAAUCUUGUAACAGAAAGAGCAAAAAAUAAAAUUACGCUUUUGAUACAUAGCACUUUUCCAAUUAUUCAAAUUGAAACAAAAUUAGAUACUGAUGAAACAUCCCCCUUUAUCAAUGAAAUAAAUCAUACUAGUAUGCUGUUAAAAGGUCGAUCAAGGAGAAUCACACUGUUAAAUUUGCGCAAUCCAUCCGUCCCCAUCUAUGCCUCAAGUCUUGGUCUUUUAGAACCAACCAAAGGUCCUGCACAAUCUCCAAAGCAACAAUUAGCUGAAAGGAAACAUAUCUCAUCUCAAGAAUCUGUACCUCCAGUACAUUUUGACUGGAGUGACAGUGGACUGGUUAAUCCUUUAGAUACAACACAAAUCCAUAAUUUAUUUGAUCUUGAUUUUUUUGUUACUCAGGAUAAUUCAUUAUCAAGUACUACAGAUAAUUCAACUUCCAAACUGGAAGAUGAAUUAUUGGGACCGUCCACUGUCCAUUCUCAAAAUGGCGAUAAUACUUCUCCACUGAUUAAGCAAAUUCUAGCUAGCACUAAGUCAACGAUCUGUCCUUCGUUGCAAAAACAGUGUACACGUCCACCUGAUUUAAGUGACGAAGUUAUUAGAGUACUGGAUAAGUUACCAGAUUUGUCUUUCAUGCAGGCAAAAGUGUUGAUGUUUCCCGUUCACAAUCUUUCUGAUCACUGAGAAACAAUGUAUAGAAGAAAAUGUAGUAGACAAUUCAACUCUUAAUUUAUCUGUCUGUCUUAUAUAUAUAUAUGUGCAAAUUUUUUAAAGGUCUGGUUCAGAUUUUAUAUUUUUGAUUGCUCUGUUAUUUUAUGCUUCUUAAUUUAUGCACUAAUUUAAAAUUCAAUUUACAUUUUUGAAAAUUUCAAUUUUGGUUAUAUUAGUUACCUUAUACUGUUAGUUGUUGUUUUAUUAUUAUUAUUAUUAUAUAUUUGUUUGUUCCUAAAUGAUAAUUUCUGGGAAAAUAGAAUUGUCAGAAUAUAACCAAGUGCCCAUAAUGUGUACAGUUGCAUAUUAUUAUGGGUUAAACAAAUGCUAAUUUUUCAAAUAUUUACUCCAGAAAUUUGGUUGUCUGAACACAGCCUAGAAAUAAUCAAACAAAUCCAAUUUGGACAAUUUUAAAUCACUUCUACAUGUAAUUUAUUAUAAUUGCAAACAAAGAUGCAGUUCUAAAUUUUGCUCAAUUUGAAAAAACAUGCCAUUUAGUUUUUCUGCAUGCAGUAUAAAAUCUAAAAAUAUUAAUAUGUAAUUUUGAGAUAUAAUUAUGAUAUUAUAUAUAAAGGGAACAAUUUAGGGAUAUAUUUUUAACUUUACAGAUUAAUUAAUAACAGGAUUGUUUUUAAAAAAAUGACAAAAAUAAAAUUAUUCUUCAAAAUGCAGAAAUAGAUUGCUUAAUGCACAUUUUGUGUUUAUUAAUAAUCAAGUUUACAUUAAUACACAGUAUAUUUUUUUUUUCUUUGUAAAUGAUAACAUUCCAAUCACAUGUUGCAAAUAAAAAGUUGCAAUCAUUACCUAGUGGUUUUUGCAAUAAGCUUUUGUAGAAAAAACAUCUGCCAAAACUUCUGUAGAAGUUACAAAAACAAUUUAAUAGAUUAGGAUAAAGAUGAAUUCAUUGUAUUUACACUCACAUUACAAUAAAUUUCAAAUGGCUGUGUAUAGAAUACAGUGAAUUAGAAACUCUUUUCCAUUAUCAUAUGUAUAAAGUCAAAAGAUUAUAUAUAAAUACAUAUAUAUAUAUAUUAUAAAGAAAGUUAUAUAUAUUGCUGUUUACAGGAAAAAAAAGAGCAUAUAUCCCCACUAGUGUUUACACUGAGUGGUAUUAUGUACUUAUAUUUAGUGAUAAUUUUAUCAUUGAACGUGGUGGCAGUUGUUUAGAGAGAAGAUUUAUGCAAACUCUCGUAAUUUGGAAAGUCGGGAUUGACGUAGUUGCCACAGUUCGACAGAUAAGUAUAAUUUAAGAAAAUUUAUUUUAACAGGAAUACAAAAAUAAGAAGGAACUAAAAUGUAAGUUCUGAAAUGUGAUUUGUACAAUAUUUUGAAUUAUGUUAUGUAGAAUAUUCAGUAGUUUGUCCCAAUAUUGCUGUAAAUACAAAAGAAAAAUAUUGUAUUGAUUUUUAAGAGUAUAGAAGUUUUUCUUUUGAAAAGGAAUAAAAUUCAAUUGAUUUUUACUGUUGUGUAAGUUUUAUCAACUUCAUAGAUAAUUUCAGAAUACACAGCACUCUUGAUGAAUCAAACUAAUGAAUGCUAAGGAAAUUUAAAUUACCAAAAUUUUAUUACAAAUUCACAUUUUUAACCAAUACAAAUUCUUAAGUUGAAAAUGUCAGUUUUGCUUAAAAUCUACCCCAAGUUAGUUAUAGAAUAAUGCCAUUUGAAAAAUAAUAAUUGGGCUUUUGAAGGGGUGGGAUUGGUGAGGUUGAGUUAGGAGAGGGUGAUAAAACAAUGGCCUUAGUAACUAAAAUGUACAUUUAUUGACCUCAGUAUUUACAAUAACAAAACUGCAAAAUGGAAAAAAAUUACUUGGGCUAAAGUUAAUGGGUGUGAUGCCGACAUGUUUGUCCAAUAGACAUAACUUACAUUUGCCACUUUGCUACACCAAAACCAUGGCACCUUUCUCAAAUGUCUCUUCAGUGGCAUCAUCUACAGCAGGAAUGGGCAACCCGCCGCCCGCAUUAAUAUUUUUUGCAGCACAUGUCGCAUAAAAUAUAAAUUUCCCAGCUUAAGGAAGU